ACGCACGCGCAUCUUGCCUCUCUGUGCGCAGAAUGAUUCAUCAACCACCGUUUGCUCACGAGACAUUCAUUUCGGGUCCGACUAGUUCAUUUUCGGAGCUGAGUGUUGUUUGUCGUGGGCCCUCGGAUGCCCCCACCCCCACCUGUCUCAUCCCGCGUCUCGACGGACCAAACGCUGCUGCUGCUGCAGCAUCACCGGCAGCCUCCAAACUGCGUUUUCCCUGCCGUGAUGGAUCCGUCUGUAAACCGGUGAGCUGCUAUCAAAAGACCGGCUGAACUGUGGGGAAGGGCGGACAAGCAGUGACCGCGGCGAAAAUGUGUCAUACAUCCAAGGGAUAAAAAAAAGACAUUUUCUAUCAAUGUUAUAGGACCGUCUUGUUUACCUUCCCGACAGAUAUAAACUGCCGGGUGACAGUGAUAUUACGGCCGACAUGUAAGAGCUGGAUAACUAUUGCUGUGUGACCGACACCCAUCUGCAGCUGAUCAUAAUAACAUGAAAAAGGAUGAGUCCUGAUGAAGUCAAUAGACCCGUAUUGAUUGGCGACAUGUUUUAAGGACAACACCUAAGCCACUAUGAAAGGGUUAGGAGCCAACCGCAGUCGUCACCUGUCUGACUCUUGUGAACCAGCAGGUUGCCCCCAGAAGCCUCUCUAUCCUUUGACCUCUGACCCUCACAGCUCCUUUUUGUUGAGCCCCACCAUAAACCACUAUGGCACCCUGGACCCCCAUCUACACCACUGCCCUCCCACCAUCCCCACCCCCAUGACCCCUGACUGCCUGCUGCCUUUCAGCCAGAUGUCCAACAGCAGCACCUUCCCUCGUCUGCACUUCACCACCCAGACUGACCAGGUUGACUGCUCCCAGGCCUGUAUGGCUGGUGGUGGUGGAGUUGGGCAGGGCAGCAGAGCAGGUACACUGUCUACAUCCUUGUCUAUGGGCAUGGGCUUGGGACUGGGCCUUACUGGUGCUCCUAUGAUCACCAGUGGAUCAGCCACCAUCUCCACUGCAGCAGCAGCCAAGAUGAAUCGGUUACCCUCCAACCUUUUGGAUCAGCUAGAGAGGCACCUGCCCUUACAGCAUGAUGGCUUCAGUACGCUGCAGUUCCAUAGAGGACGGAUAUCAAAGCAACGCAGUGAAAGCCCAGGACGCAUACGUCACCUGAUGCACUCCGUGCAAAAGCUAUUUGCCAAGUCCCAGUCCCUAGAAAACUCUGCAAUCAAAGGCAGCAUAAAUGGCCGUUCUGCUGGAGGAAUGACUGGCACCACAGGAGCUGGUGAGGAGGGUGGUAGACCAACACGCAGGAGCAAGAGUAAAGACAGGGCUAAAACUGAGGGGCCAAAGCAGAGACCUAGGUCUAAUGCACUAGGUCUCUGGAGCUCAGACGACGCCCUGGACACUGACACAACCAAAGCUGGCACUAUUGCUGUAGGUUACCGCAACCCACUGACCAUGAUGACUCUUGGCAGAGCGGUGUCAGACAGCCAGGCCCCUCCCAGACAUAUCCCACAGGGCUACCACACCAUUUCUGCACAUACUCUCAAGACCUCCAAAAGCAGCAGUGACCUCAAGUUUCUGGCAUGCCAGGCAACACAGGUAGGAUUGAAGGACGAGGGAAGAACCGGGAGAAGCAAGGAUGAUAUACUGGUGAAGAGGGGCUCCUGGUCCACUCUUACCCUUAGCCAGGCUAGGCAAGUGUUGCAGAAGGGCUCUUCUACUGUUAACAGGACCCUGCUUAAAUCAAAGUCAUGCCACCAAGAUCUGGCACAACAGUUCCUUCAGGUAGGAGGGCCAGUCCCACUGGGGGACUGGGCAGGAACUCUGGGUCGCGGCCGGGCCAGAGGAACUGAGAUCCCCUGUCGAAGGAUGCGCAGUGGCAGCUAUGUGAAAGCUAUGGGAGACUUAGAAGACAGUGAGGACUCAGAAGGAAGUCCCAAACCUUCCCCCAAAGCCACAGCACGUCGCCAGAGCUACCUGAAGGCCACCCAGCACUCCCUCAGUGAGCAGCAGCCACCUCUCCCACAACACAAGCCUCGUUGCUACGCUCUCAUGCGGGAGGACUAUCUGUGGUCUCCACUACAGAGUGCAUGCUCUAUGCAGCAUCUGAGCUCCCUGCCUUCCCUGAAAGAGCUUUCAACUAAUCGGAGCCUCGAUAACUUAGACUGCUUGGUGAGCCCGUUGGAGGCCCCUCCACGCUACAGAAACAAUAAUUUCAGCCAUUGCUCUGGCACACUGGGCAGAGGCUCGGGCACUCAGCGUGUGAGUCUGCACACGUUCUUACAGGUAUACGGGCAGGGCUGUGGGCACUCAAUACCGUACUGUGAGGGGGAAUCGCAGGCAGUGGAGGCUCUGGAUCUGCCUGCGCCCACGUGCUUCCGCUCGCGCAGCCACAGCUACCUGCGGGCCAUUCAGGCGGGCUGCUCCCAGGAUGAAGAUACGGCCUCUGUGGACUCAGACUCACCCGCAUUCAGCACUACAGGCUACAGCUCCAACACCACAGUCAGCAAUAGGAAGGCUCCUCCUCCUGUCCCACCCCGCACCAUAUCCAAACCCCUCAUCUCAGUGACGCUGCAGAGCAGCACAGAGUCGGCCCAAGACAUAUACCUUGAUCAGCAGGACCGCGCCAGUGAGGCCAACAGCCAGUCAGGACGCAGCAACUCCUCUGACAGUCUCUGUAGCAUCCGCACGGGCAGCCUGGCUAAGGGGGUCCGACCUCCACCAGUCCCUGUCCCUGCUGCAACCCCUGCCCCCGCUGCAGGCUCUGUUCAUCCUGUUCCAGCUCCUCGUGACCUCCCUCCCACCACCGCCACUACCAGCACUUCCACAUCUACCCAGUCCCAAAAUGACACCCUGAGCUUUGGUUUCACCCUAGAGCAGCCCCCCACAGCAACCAAGAGGAAACUGUCCUCCAUUGGAAUUCAGGUGGAUUGCAUUCUGCCAGUCUUAAAAGAAGAACCUCUACCCCUGACAGCACCCCUUAAAUUUCAGUCAAUUGGAGUUCAAGUGGAGAACGGCAGGCCAUGGUACGGCACCAUCAGCUGCCAUAAUGUCCUUCUCAGCCGGGAUAACAGCAUGGCCUCCAGACAGAAUACAGAGACUGAGCCUCAGGGGUCCCAGGAUGCCGCACUCACAGAAAAUGACACAGCCAACUGCGCCAACAGUCAAACAGGGAAUGCCAGUGCAGCUCGCAGAAAGGACAAAGCCAUGGAACAGCCGUCCCUUAAACACACCUCAGCCCUAUCCAGGAUAUCCACCUCACCCCCGGAGACGCUGGACCCAGCUUUAGACCCCUCCUCUCUUCCACCGCCAGAUCCUAGCCUGGAGACCGGAAACUGCAGCAUGCAAGGAGAUGCUGUUCAACCCAGUACGCCAGCUUGCCUCCGAGACGGGAACUGGUUUCUUAAGCUGCUGCAGGCGGAAACGGGCCGCAUGGAGGGCUGGUGUCAACAGAUGGAGCAGGAGACCAAAGACAACAAUCUGUCAGAGGAGGUGUUAGGGACAAUCCGCAGUGCAGUAGGCAGUGCCCAGCUCCUCAUGACAAAGAAGUUUGAGCAGUUCAGAGGGCUCUGUAAAGAGAACUUGAACGUAAACGCCAACCCACGACCAACAGCGCAGGACCUCGCUGGGUUCUGGGAUCUGCUACAACUCUCAAUAGAAGACAUCAGCAUGAAGUUUGAUGAGCUCUUCCAAUUGAAGGCUAACAACUGGCAACUUCCUGAGAAAUCAGAGAAGAAGGAUGAAAACAAGCCGCUUCCAUCAUCUGUGCCAAAGAAGCAGACUAAGCCCAAGCUGUCAGCAGGGAAGGACAGGAGUGUGGACUCGGCUGUAGACAAACAGCGGCAAGAAGCCAGGAAGCGUUUGAUGGCAGCGAAGCGCGCUGCUUCAGUACGACAGAACUCCGCCACGGAAAGCGCCGACAGCAUCGAAAUCUACGUCCCCGAGGCCCAGACCCGCCUCUGAGAGUGAACCAGCACCGAUCAUCGAGGAAAAUCCUGACUCCCUUCAGACAUUCAUUGACACAAACACACAGACAGAUCCGAGACACACCGACGUACAACGGAUGCACACAGGCCGAUCCCUCAUAGCAACACAGCUGAUGGCAGGAGAAACGUGGGGGUCACAGGGCAACCAAACAAUCCAGAAUAAUGCAGAUCAUCACCCUGCUGCCAUGGGACAGAAAUAACCUUGACAUAUGUUUAAUAUUAUUGUUAUUAUUGACAUUAUAAUAAUUAUUCUCUCCUAAAGUAUAUUCAGGACUGUCUUAAAUGUGCAAGUAUCUUGGAUAAGGACAUCCUGUACCUUGUGAGCUGAAGAAUCUUGGUAUCCCAGAAGUUUUUUCUCUUAAAACUCCCUUCACUGCUGAGUCUACCAGAAAGUUGUGGCUGCCUGGUUUACAAGCUGAACUACCACACUCACGCAGACACACACCAGACACACACACACACACACACACAUUCUCACACACACACACUCAGGACACACAUGCAGGUGAACUCACUGUCCACAGAGUCUUCCUCUUCUCUAUUUGUAUUAGGCUACCACUCGUUGGGUGUGGUGUGAGUACGCUUUACUGUGUACGAAUGAUAAGAUGGUGUAAAUCUUCUAAGAGGUUUAAAAAUGCAGAGAACCAGAGGAAGGCAGUAGCAUAUAUAUUAUAAAUAUCACACUAUUACAAUGUUCAUUUUGUAAAUGUUGUAUACCAGAUUAUUUGUUAGAAAGAGGUCAUUGUUCAGUACCGAGGUAGUUUUUUUCAUAGAUCGAGUACAUGUACCAUCAUGAUAUAUUAGCACUUGAUGCAAUCGUUGACCCCCACCUCGCUCUCUUCCUCUCCUUUUCACAAACGCGCACUACACAGUCUGUCUGUGAAUACCCAUUUUUAAAGUCUUACAUUUGUUUUUGUGAACGGAUGUGAGGAAUGACUGUCCUGCCAGUGAGCUGCCGGGGAAUGUAUGAACUUGGAUGCAUUUACAGCUCAUGUUGACUUGAUCAUUGCACUUUCCAUUCACCUCAGAUCAAGUUUGCUCACCUUUGUUUGCCUAAUCAUUCAGACUUUCACUGCAUCCUCAUGCGAUGUAGGGGACCAAGACAUUCACCACUUAAAAUGGCAUUCCCAUUCAACAAGGCUACGUGUGGUAGGGUCAGGGUUUACUUGCCACCGGGAAGGAUAUAGAAUAGCAUAGCAAUAAUAAAGCGUAUUAGAGCGAGCAAUGCAGUAGGUACCCAGUCUUAAAUUAUUUAAUUCACCAUUUUCAAUAUGACUUUCUUAGCAUGAAGGAUGAAUGUUUUUUUCUUUUCUUUUAUGAACUCACUGCCCUUGAAAUGACUAAAAUCUCAGGUUGAACUCAAACUCAACAGUAAAAACCACUAUGAAUGGAUUAUUAUGUAACCACAAAUUGACUGGCUGAAUGCUUCAGCGCAAAUGACCAAUAUUUUAAAACCAGACCUACUUGGUGUUCCUCAUAAAAAAAAAAUAUAUAUACUGUUUGGUGCAGUGAAGUACAGGCUUAGUUUGGCUGCUUAAAUUGGCUCCUUCGCUGCCCUUUCUAGCUGCUUGAACUCCCACCCGUUUGUUGAUAAUGAACUGUGGUACAUUUUUUAAUUUAAAUUUGAAUGUCAUUUGACAAGUUUUGUGACUUUCAUCUGAAAUGAGGUCGACCUUAACAUGUCUCGACUUUUAAUAAUCAAUGGUGCUGCGAGGGUCUUAUUGUGCCAAGAAGAUGGCAAUGAUCAACAUUUUGGUGUCAUUGGCUAAAGCUUUUAUUUAAAGUGAAUUUUUAUUUUAAUUUUAUUUAAUCUGCUCAUGAAUUCUGACGUCUGUGUGCACAUUCUCAGCCAAGUUUGUUUGUUUCCAUCUGCUCACUCCAGAUACGCUAUGCCUUGUCUGACUCAACUCUUGACACUUUGAGUAUGGGACUGGAAUAUUUUCCACAUCAUUCUAGUUUUCUCAGAUGGAAAUACAAGUACCAAAGGGUACAUGAGUGGAAUUGGGCAUAGCCGAUACCCAUGCACAAGUGUAGGUUGACUCACUAGUUAUUUUAUCUUUUUUAGUAAGAGCUGGCUCUCCCCCUACUGGUCAGUCCUUGCGUAACACUCCAGACAUCUUGUUCUGCUCCAUUUUGAAUCUUUUUUUUUUCUUUUUUUUUGCUAACCUCACACGAGAAAUGAUGUUGAACUGGGAAUGCUGACACAACACCAAGUUGUUGAUUUUCUUAUUCUAUUGUUUGUAUUACAUCAACAAUGGGCAUGUGCAUUUCAUUGUCCAAAGAAAUCAUUAAACAUCCCUUUGCUACAUGUCCUAGUCA